AUGUCCGCGUCUCAAUUUGGUUAUACAGGUAGCGACGUCCAGCCUUUUAUCGCCUAUGGUUCGGCUUUGCGUCGCUAUGGUCACCGUGUUCGCCUUGCGACGCACGACAAUUUUGCUGGUUUCGUGAGAGACUCCGGCUUGGAGUUCUAUCCUAUUGGAGGUGAUCCGGCUGAUUUGAUGGCGUACAUGGUUCGUAAUCCCGGCCUCAUUCCGUCUUUAGAGUCACUUCGUGGCGGGGACAUCGGUAGAAAGCGUCGAAUGAUAAGAGAAAUGUUACAAGGGUGCUGGGAGGCAUGUUUCCGUCCAGACCCUUUGACUAAUGAGCCUUUUGUGGCCAAUGCUAUCAUCGCCAACCCUCCCAGCUUUGCGCAUGUUCACUGCGCUCAAGCACUUGGAGUUCCAGUUCACAUCAUGUUCACAAUGCCUUGGUCGGCCACCAGGGCUUUCCCACAUCCACUAGCCAACCUGCAGAGCAACAAUACGGAACCGUCCACAGCAAAUUGGCUUUCAUAUGGAGUGGUUGAGACGAUGACAUGGCAAGGGCUAGGCGACGUCAUAAAUGAUUGGCGUCGAAGAAGUUUAGGUCUAGAUAACAUCCAGGCGAGCAUGGGGCCUGGUAUUACGACCUACCUAAAAAUUCCUCACACAUAUUGUUGGUCUCCUGCAAUUAUUUCAAAACCUGCAGAUUGGGGCCAAGAGAUCGACGUCUGUGGCUUCUUUCUGCGGGAUGAACCUAUCUACAAUCCUCCAUCGGAUCUAGACACCUUCCUACGCGCUGGACCUCCUCCGGUUUAUGUAGGCUUUGGAAGCAUCGUUAUCGAUGAUCCACAAAGGUUGACCAAUGUCAUACUCGAGGCGGCUAGUAGAUGCGGUGUCCGUGUCAUUAUCUCUAGAGGCUGGAGUAAACUUGGAGGUGAUAAUCCAAACACACACCAAGUAUUCUAUCUUGGGGAUUGCCCGCAUGAAUGGCUCUUCAAAAGGGUAUCAGUGGUAGUGCACCAUGGUGGCGCCGGCACGACUGCUUGUGGCUUGAUCAAUGCCCGACCAACAAUCGUUAUACCCUUUUUUGGGGACCAGCCUUUUUGGGGAGGAGUAGUGGCCUCUAUUGGAGCCGGUUCGAAACCAAUCCAACAUAAGACACUCUCCACCGACAAACUUGUCGAUGCUUUGCGGUACUGUCUCUCAGAUCAAGCUCAUCGCGCCGCUGAAGAGGUUGCACUGAAGAUGCGUAUCGAAAAUGGGGUCGACAGCGCUGUCCAGUCGCUUCAUCGCAAUCUGCCAGUCGACGCUUUGAUAUGUGAUGUGUUGCCGCAACUGCCUGCCACUUGGUUGUACAAAAGGAAGGGGCGCGUUGUGAAGCUAUCCGACCAAGCGGCAGCGACGCUCCUCUCUGAAAAAAUGAUAAAGAAAUCAGAACUGGAGCCGUAA